CAACUCAAUAGAUGAGAAAGAACCACUCACAACACCAAGUCAACUAGCCAUGUAUAACCCAACAUCUUCAACACUCAUCAUCAUCUUCCUCUUUACUAUCCUUCAUUCAUCUUCACAACAAUCAUAUCUAACACCCAUAACCAAAGACAACUCCACAAAUCUAUACACCCUCUCACUCUACCUCAAAACUCCAUUGCAAGUCACAAAUUUACAUCUUGAUCUUGGUGCUUCAUUGACUUGGGUUGAUUGUACUCGUCGUUACAAAUCUUCUUCCUAUAAACACCUUCUCUACAAUGAAACACUAUGUGUUGACCUUAAUACUGGCAUUUAUGGCAAUUGUUUUAAGAAACCUGGCCCUGGUUGUUCUAUUGAUUCAUGUGAAUAUUUCCCAGAAAACUCGGUUACGCGUCAGACUGCUAUAGGCCAGAUUAUGCUCGACUCGCUCGCAGUAUCCACGACCGACGGCCGGAAUCCGAACGGACUCCGGCCAAUCAAAGACUACGUUUUUUCGUGUGGCAACACGAAAUUACUCCGGGGACUACCUAACGGAGUCACCGGAGUAGCCGCAUUAGGAAGAUUCAACUAUUCAUUACCUUUUCAGCUCAGCAAAACUUCUUCUUCUUCUCCGGCGAUAUUCGCCGUUUGCUUACCAAGCUCCACCGCCGGAACAUCCGGCAACGGCGUCGCAUUUUUCAACACCGCCGGACCUUACUACUUCUCGCCGGGAAUUGAUGCUUCGAAAUUACUGAUUUACACUCCGUUGAUUCUCAAUCCGUCUCGCGGAACUGUUCCCAUCUACUGGCUUCCGUCAAGCGAGUACUUCAUCGGAGUAAGUGCGAUCAAAGUGAACAACAAAUCCGUGAAGUUGAAUGAAACGCUGUUGAAGAUUAACGAAAGUGGAUUUGGCGGGACGAAGAUAAGUACGUCGACGCCGUAUACGGUGGUUCAUACGGCGGUGUUGAAGGCGGUGACGGAGAAGUUUGUAGCUGAAGCAAAGUCGAUGAAUUUGACGGCGACGGAGAAUCCGGUGAAGCCGUUUAAUGUGUGUUUUCCGGUGAAGGCGAUUGUAAAUACGCGCGUUGGACCGGCGGUUCCGGUUAUUGAUUUGGUAUUGGAUAAACCGGGUAUUUAUUGGAGGAUAUUCGGGUCGAAUUUAAUGGUUCGGGUUAAAGAUGUUUGGUGUUUGGGCUUUGUGGAUGGUGGGCUUGAGCCCAGGACGAGUAUUGUAUUUGGUGGACUUAUGAUUGAGGAUAAUUUGCUUCAAUUUGAUUUGGCCCAAAAGAGACUUGGGUUUAGUAGUUCACUUUUGUUAAAGAGUACUAAUUGUGCAAAUUUCAGUUUCACCAGUCAGAAUUAGUUAUGAUAUUUGUUUAAAUGUUUUUGCUAGAAGAUCUAUCGGAAACAACCUAUCUACUUCAUUUAAGGUAGUGGUAUGAAUUGCGUACACUUUAUCUUCUUUAGAUUCCACUAUGUGGUAACACACUAGGUAUGUUGUUGCUGCUGUUUGUUAUAAUGUUGUUUGUUAUACUGUUAGCUGUCCUGAACCGGAGAUCUAUCGAUAAAAUUGA